AUGUCGCCGCCCAAGCAAACUCCAAAAGCCGGAGACGCUUCCCUCUCCAGUCAAUUCGGCCCGCAUCCCAGGUCGACGAUAGGCGAGGAAGAUUUAGUACACGUAAAGUUCCUCUGCGGCCUUACGUCUGAGACGGAGCUCAUCGCUCCUGGGGAUGAUCUGUCGCUGGAGGAUCCUCCUCCCGGGUACUGCUCCGAAGAGCACGGCUACAUCAUCACCUUCCAGGACAUCCUCCACCUUUACACAAUAAAGAGUGGCCGGACUAGAGGGACCUUCUAUCUCAGCCCGCUGGCCGGGUUCCGAGUCUUUGACGACUUCCCUGAGAAAGACGAACAGUACCGAAGUGGGUAUUUCUUCUUCCCGGUUAACCGGGCCACCUUCGGUGAUUUGCAGGAGCUGCUUGUCCCGCACUGGUCUCAGAAACCUGGUAGAACUGCGAGAAGAUUCGAAAAUUUCUUGCUAUCACCUAUCAGUUCGGGUGCUGAAACUGCGUGGGACUCCUUCACCUGCCCCCAUAUCCGUGAGGCAGGUGCCCGCAUCCGUACUAGGUUUCUUACUAUCUCUUCUCCUCAGUCUGCCCCUCCCAAGAUGAACUACCGCGAAGAGAGGGCUCACAAGAAAAAGAUGGAGCUGAAAGAGAAUGAACUAAAGAAGAAAAUGGUUCGCGAGGUGAUCACUCUGCCCGACAGCGACCUCAGCGCUGAAUCUCCUGCCGCUCGCCCAGCUCCUGAAGAGGGUCAAGCCAGCGGGUCAAAGAAGCGGAAAGCCGCGGAACCCGCUUGUCCGCUCGGAGGUGAAGAAGGUGAAGAAGUACUAGUCCCUGGAGGCCUCCAAGUUCAACAAGAAGCUCAACCUGCAGAUCGCCGAAUCCUACGUGGAGGCUUGUCAAGACAAGCUAAAGCUGGCUGGGGAGCUGUACCUGAAGGCGACCACUGCCGAGACAGAGGCAAAGAAGGAACUCCAGGAGAUCAAACUAAGAAAUCAGCUCCUGGAAGCAGGGAACAACUCCGAGAUGGAGAGGGUGCGAAGAGAGGAGCGGAGGAAAACCAUGACCGCUUAAUGCCCCAUGCAAGCCGAGCUGCUGAGAUCACCGCCAACCGGAUGUUGGUGGAAGAGAUCGAGAAGGGCGAGAUUGCCGACCUGAAGGAGGAGCUCAAAACCUUGAAAGCUGACAAGAAGGCUGCUCGCCUUGAGGCUGAAAAGCACAAGAUCGCCCACGUUGAGAUCGCGACCCCUUACUCUUGA